AAUCGAGAAACUCCAGAUCCCAGUCUUAUUGAGGUUUCCGGCCGUCCGAUCGUCAUGACUUAUUCCUUUUAAAAAUAUUAGUGUCGAUUCCAACAAAGUGUCAAUCAACGAAAUUCAGUACUGAUGCUUGUUGAAUGCGAAUCAUUAUCCAAUUAGUGUCGGAAUGAGCAUGAUAACGCCAGCUGACUCACGAUGUAACAAUACAUAUCUUAAAACCAGAAUCAAUUUUAUUAAUGCGGUAAAGACGUACCAUUCAUAGUCUGUUACGUGAAGCCAAUUUGAUUGAACCUAGCUUUGUUUCCUGGAAAGGUAGCAUAAAUUUAUUUUUAAUUAUCCUGACUGUCUGAGCAAAUAGGCACAAGUGAAAAUUCUCACGGUUUCUGUAAAAUAUAACAUACUAUCCUGGCUUUACGCCAGCGUAAUUCAAACCGAAUCAACUCCGUAAAUCGAAAAACGGCUUUUGCAAGAGGUCACAAACCGAUCCAUGCUCCUGCUGUAUGUUUAUGUCAAAUCGUAACACCUUACGACUCUCACAUGCUCACGUAUCACAUGACAUGCGUAGUGACAUUGACGCUGAUAAGUGUAUGUUCAUUAUCGCCACGGUAGGGCUGCUUACAAGUGCGUCGGCUAACUUGCCCCGCGAUAAUUCUGCUCUGUUCUUGUAUAAAUAUGCGAUUACAGCAUAAAUUAUGUAUCCGUUGCAGUAUAACCAAUUAAGUAUGAUCAUUUGAAGCAGUGCAGUGCUUGAUGUCUAACCAAGACUUGUAACAACUCUGUGCAAGAGUCGCAACAAUGGAUAACGACAAGGCGGCUGCAUCGAACUUGGUCGAUAGGACGGAGAUAACUGGUUCUUGCCAGCACAAAACCGACCCAAACGGGAGAACUCAGUGGAAGCAAUGGGUGGGCAGCAUCACUGCAACGAUGUCGAUGAUCUCCGCUGGCACUGUCUACGGGUGGUACACGACAUGCAUUUCCCGUCUUACAAGUCCCGAAGCUCAGGUGCAUUUUACGACUGACGAAGGAGGCUGGCUUCUGUCUUUGACUGUAGUGGGGUCAAUGAUAGGACCGUUCAUCGGAGCUGCUAUGGCUGAUAGUAUCGGCCGGAAAAAGACUCUGCUGAUAUCUGUUCUUUACUUUAUUAUUGGCUGGGUAACCGUGAUCUUUGCCCGAAGCGUGACAACGUACUACGUGGCUAGGCUGAUCCUUGGCAUCGGAGUCGGCGUUUCGUACACGGUAAACCCGAUGUACGUUUCCGAGGUUGCCGACAUAAACAUUCGCGGUGCUCUUGGAACCUUGAUAGCCACGAACGUGUUCACAGGUUCAUUAUUCGCCUGUGUAGUCGGAUACUGGGCGUCCAUACAGGUCCUGACAAUGAUACUUCUUUCGGUCCCGAUUUUAUUUUUGGCAACAUUCAUCUGGUUUCCGGAGAGCCCAUAUCACCUGGCAGCGAAGGGAAGAUACGAGGAGGCUAUGGCAGCCAUCAAAUUUUUCAAGGGCAUCCAGGAUGAGGUGGAAGUCAGGGAGGAGCUCGACUUUAUUUUACGAAGCAUAAACGAGAACAUAGACAGACAGAGCUUUCGGGAAAAGCUAUCAGAGCUGCGUCUACCCAACAAUCGCCGGGCUCUUUUCAUCGUCAUCGGUUUGAUCGCCGCCCAACAACUGAGCGGGUCCUUCACCACUACUUCCUACUUGGAGGAUCUCUUCAAGGACGCUCACAUAGCCCUCGACCCCGACCUUGCGACAUGCAUCGUCUUGGCGGUGAGCCUGGUCUCUUGUACCUUGUCGACCUACACGGUGGAGAAGGCGGGUAGAAGGCCACUCCUGUUUGCCUCGACUCUGGGCACAACAACGACUCUGGGCAUCCUUGCGACUUACAUACUCCUGGAAACCCGGACCUCGAUCGACAUUUCGGUUGUCAACUGGAUCCCAAUUCUGGACGUAAUCCUCUUCCAAAUUGCGUACCAAAUAGGCUUGGGAACUCUGACGAACUCUUUGAUUGGUGAACUUUUCCCAACAAACGUCAAGGGCAUCGCGGGCGCCACGAUCACUGUCACCGACGGUAUUUUGGGAUCCACUAUUUCCAAGCUUUAUCAAGUAAUCGGUGAUCAUCUCGGGAUAUACGUCGUUUAUUACUUCUUUACUGGCUCCUGCCUUCUCGCGUUCUUCUUUGUUCUCGCAUUUGUGCCAGAAACUAAAAACAAAACAUUUGCUCAGAUACAAAUUGACUUGGGCGAUAGUGAACUUCGGUGUGUUAAGCGAAAAAAUAAAGACUGAUGCAUGAA